UAAACCAAAUUUUGAGCCAUUUUCCAAGGGGAUAAUUUCUAGACGUGCCUACUGCCUAUUGGCAAGGUGAAUUUUGAAUCAGCCACCCUAUCCCCUUCUCUCCUCCUUUGUAGAAAAAAUUUGACCCAUUUGUCUUGGUUUCUUAACCAAGGAAACUAUAGCAAAAAUUCAAAACUAUGGAUGGUUUUAUCCCUUAAUUCAUUGUUACUUGCAGAACCUUUAGCAUUAAUUAUUGUAGCAGGAGGAGAGAUUAUGGAGAAGAAAGGGACAGUAUUGAUGCACAGGUUUGAGCUUGGGCGGUUACUCGGGCAAGGGACAUUCGCCAAGGUUUACUAUGCCAGAAACCUGACAACAGGCCAAAGCUGCGGCAUUAAAGUUAUCGAUAAAGAGAAGAUAAUGAAGGGAGGUUUGAUAGAUCAAAUCAAGCGUGAAAUCUCAGUUAUGCGCCUUGUUAAGCAUCCCAAUAUUGUUCGGCUCUACGAGGUCAUGGCUAGCAAGUCCAAGAUAUAUUUUGUAAUGGAAUAUGUUCGAGGUGGUGAGCUUUUCAACAAGGUUGCCAAAGGGAAGCUCAAGGAAGAUGCCGCCCGGAACUAUUUCCAACAAUUGAUUGCAGCUGUUGAUUAUUGCCAUAGCAGGGGGGUUUAUCAUCGGGAUUUGAAGCCUGAGAAUCUCCUCCUGGAUGAAAAUGGGAAUCUGAAGGUUUCGGAUUUUGGAUUGAGUGCCUUGACAGAAUCAAGGAGACAAGACGGCCUUCUUCACACGACUUGUGGAACUCCAGCCUAUGUUGCACCAGAAGUUAUCAACAAGAAAGGCUAUGAUGGAGCCAAAGCAGAUAUUUGGUCAUGUGGGGUCAUUCUUUACGUUUUGUUGGCAGGUUUUCUUCCUUUUCAUGAUGAGAAUCUAAUGGAAAUGUAUAAAAAGAUAUGCAGAGGAGAAUUCAAAUGCCCACAAUGGUUUCCUCCGGAAGUUCGGAAGCUUCUUUCAAGGAUUCUUGACCCCAACCCAGGCCAAAGAAUCACGGUGGCUAAGCUCAUGGAAAACAGUUGGUUCAGGAAAGGAUAUAAACAUAUCGAUACCCCACCACCAUCCCCUCACGCUCGUAGCUUAGACUUGUUAAUUAGCGAUGUUCAUGCUGCUUUUGACUCGUCAGGUUGUGAAAACAGUUAUCAGAAGGGAGCAAGAGUACCAAGAUGCCCUGUCAAGCCUAGCUAUUUCAAUGCUUUUGAUAUUAUAUCUCUUUCACAAGGUUUUGAUUUAUCAGGUUUGUUUGAGAAAGAUUUGAAUCAAAGAGAUUAUUCACGAUUUACGACUAGAAAACCAGCCACAGAUAUCGUUUCUAAAUUUGAACAAAUAGCUCAGACCGAAAGUUUUAGCAUGAAGAGCAAGGACGGAAAGGUAAAAUUGCAGGGCAGCAAGGAAGGGAGAAAGGGACAGCUCGCUAUAGAUGCUGAGAUUUUUGAAGUCACGCCUUCUUUUUAUGUGGUCGAGAUGAAGAAAACCGCCGGGGAUACUUUGGAAUAUAAAAAUUUCUGUAACCAAGAAUUGAAGCCUUCGCUGAAUGAUAUAGUGUGGACUUGGCAAGGAAAUGAGCAGCAAGCCAGCAACAAUUAUAGCCAGAAACUGCUUUGAAUCUUCUUUUUUCCCUGGAUAGAAGGGGAUUUCUACAAUCUUUUUCGUUCAAAUAUAUAU